CUGGCUGCUGCUUCCUUGGGGCGCCCGUCGUCAGCACACACCAUCUCCCCCGCCCGCCCCCCGACCGAUCCCUUAGUUCAUCUUUGGGCAUUGUCGACACCCCUCAUCAAAUACCCCCUCCUCUCUCCACGGCACCACACUUUCCAUCGUCUCCUCGGUGCUCUUGCAUUCAACAGGUUGUCCGAUUUGAUUGACCGAGGUACACUUUCACCCAACUUCUCGGGUCGUGAUGUCCACAGCCGCCUCGUCAUCUGCGUCACCGUCCGUCGUUCGCAGCCACUCUACCUCCUCCCACGCUCCCUCCCAGAGACCACCCCCAUCCGAUCUGCCUCACAGGACCCGAAGCGUUGCGCUCAGGCCCGCGACCGCAGCGCAUCCUUCGUCGCAGCCGCAGUACCAGCCGCAGGGCCAUCAUUCCCACUCCAAGUCCCAGUCCUAUGAUCGUCGGCCCCCGUCCAACCAAGCCGUCUUCGAUCACCUCUCCCGUCGGGACUUCGAGGCCUCCAGGGCUGCUCAACCCGUCUCUACUCGCCGCGAGGGUUCCGAUCGCUCACAGGAGCGCUCCUCCGCCGCCCACCGCGCCGAUCCCUCGUCCAAUCAGAAACCCCGCCGGAAUCUCGCCGUCCAGGGGCACCAGCGAGACAGUAUCGACAUGGCCGCUGCUGGCCCGGUCGCCGGUGAUGGCGCCGCCCACUCGCAGUCCAGUUCAGCGUCGCGUUUGGCCCCAGCCGCCACCAUGCAGUCGAAGCGUCGCACCACCAUCUCCACUCCGUCCGGUCAAUGGGCCUUAGGGAAAACCUUAGGGGCCGGGAGCAUGGGCAAGGUGAAAGUGGGAAAGAACUUGGAAACGGGCGAACAGGUUGCCGUCAAGAUCGUUCCCAGGCAGUCGACCGAAGAACACCGGAGCUCGCGCGACGCCGAAAGAGCCGAUCGUUCCAAGGAGAUUCGCACGGCUCGCGAGGCCGCCAUCGUCAGUCUUGUCAAUCACCCGUAUAUCUGCGGCAUGCGGGAUGUCGUCCGCACCAAUUACCAUUGGUACAUGCUGUUCGAGCUGGUCAACGGCGGCCAGAUGCUCGACUACAUUAUCUCCCAUGGAAAAUUGAAGGAAAAGCAAGCUCGCAAGUUCGCCCGCCAGAUCGCCAGUGCCUUGGACUACUGCCAUCGCAACAGUAUCGUGCACCGUGACUUGAAGAUUGAAAACAUUCUCAUCAGCAAGAACGGCGACAUCAAGAUCAUCGACUUUGGUCUCAGUAACCUGUUCUCUCCCCGGAGUCUGCUGAAGACGUUCUGCGGCAGUCUCUAUUUUGCGGCCCCGGAACUCCUGCAAGCCAGGCAGUAUACCGGUCCCGAGGUGGACGUGUGGAGCUUUGGCAUCGUUCUGUAUGUGCUCGUCUGUGGCAAGGUGCCCUUUGAUGACCAGAGUAUGCCCAAGCUGCAUGCGAAAAUCAAGCAAGGCGCGUUUGAGUAUCCCCCGGGUCUCACUACAGAGUGCCGCAGUAUCAUCUCCCGUAUGCUGGUCACCGAUCCCAAACAGCGGGCCAGCUUGGCGGAGAUCAUGAACCAUCCCUGGAUGAAUAAGGGGUUCAGUGCCCCUCCGGACAACUUUCUCCCCCGCCGGGAACCGGUCAAUCUCCCCCUCGAUGCGGAUGUCAUUGAGAAGAUGACCGGGUUCGACUUUGGUCCCCCCGACUAUAUCACGAACCAACUCCUGAAGAUCCUCGAGUCCGAGGAUUAUCAGUACGCCGUCAAGACCAAUGUGCGUGAGCAGCCACCUCCGGUUUACAACGAGAAGAAGAGAGGCGUCUUCGACUUCUACAAGCGGCGGAGCUCGGCGGCCAGCCGAGAUACGUUGUCAGCUCCAUCCGCGGAGGUGGUUCCCUUGGGAACGGAUCCGCUCAACGCGUACAGUCCCCUGCUAUCCGUCUAUUACCUGGUCAAGGAGAAGAUGGAUCGGGAGAGGUCCGAGACCAACCCCGGUGCUCUCGGGGUGCCCCAGUCGUCGGGAGACGCGAUGCUUCAGAUGCCCGAUCUGCCCGCGCCGGAAGCGGCCCACACGAACCAGUACCAGGUCCCCGGCGAGAAGGACGCCGGCCGGCGCUCGCGACCCCGCGCCCGGACCCACGGGGAUGAUGAAAUCACGGACGGGCUCAAGAAUGUCAACCUCGCUCCACCGGCCGAACAGGGAUCUCCAGCGCCCGCAUCGCAGCCGGAGACCCCCGCGCGGAAGGAGAGCACCGCAGCAGGGAUCUUAAGACGCUUCAGCACGCGCCGCACUAAAGAACGCAGCCGCGAUCCGGACCGGAGACGGGUCGGCAGCCCUCCGUCAUUGAACGUCCAGCCGCCGGUCGAUUCGGCCUCCCCGUUGAGCCGGGGGCUCAGCAUCCGGAGGAAGCGUGCGGACCCGACCCCACCAAUCAUUCCGUCCGGGGGCAGCCAGCCCCAUCACCAGGGCCUGCUCAAAGCCCCCGGAACCGCCGAGGCGGACUCCCGACCCAGCAAGUUCCUGGCCCGGUCGACCAGCGUCAACUCGGCCGACUACCGACCCCGGCGGGUGCAGCGUCGCAGCGACGCCGACGCAUUGGCCCAUCCGCCCGCCACCAGCGGAUCCGACCAUGUCGGCGCAACCGCCCAGCAGGAUACGAAUCCGGCGCGGGAGACCCGGCCCGCGGGUCGCUCGCACGCCUCCCGGACCAUGUCGCUAGGCCACGCCCGCCGCGAAAGUAUCCAAGCGCGGCGGGCCCGUCGGGAGGCCGCCCGGGAAGCCAACGUCCCCGAGGAGACCGACGCAGAUAUCUCGGGGGCGGGGACCGCGUUGGAGAGUGCCAACGAGGGCGAGGAUCUGUCCAAGCCCGUGUACCUCAAGGGCCUGUUUAGCGUGUCCACGACCAGCAGCAAGCCACUCCCCGUCAUCCGGGCCGAUAUCAUCCGGGUGUUGAAGCAGCUGGCGGUGGACUUUGAGGAGAUCAAAGGAGGCUUUAGUUGCCGGCAUGCGCCGAGCAUCGAACUGGACAAAGUGGUGGACACGGGGCCCCCGAGUCCCGAGCGGCAGGGACAGGUCUCGAAUCACCGCCGGCGCAUCAGCUUCGGGGGGUUGCUGAACCACGACGACGGGCAUCAGUCGCGGACUCCACGACGGACACGGGCGCCGGACCGCAGUUUUGUGACCAACUCGGAGGGCUCGGAGGAAUACGUGGCGUCGCGCGAUCCCACCGUGGUCGUCGGGGAGCGGGUCAUGGGAGAGACGACGACGCGGGUGCAGAGCGAUACGGGCGAGAACCUGGUGUUGCGGUUUGAGAUCCUCAUCGUCAAGGUGCCGCUGUUCUCGCUGCACGGGAUCCAGUUCAAGAAGGUGGCAGGUGGCAUGUGGCAAUAUCGGGAGAUGGCCAAGAAGAUCCUAGAUGCGCUGAAGUUGUAGAUGGAGUAGAAGCCCACGUCACCCAGGUGAUGUAUCACAUGAGCGUUUUACAUUUUUCUUUCCUCUAUUUCUUUGUUGACUUGUGACUAUUUCCUUUGUCUUUCUUUCCUUUCGA